AAUCAAACACUUUAAAUUCCCUCCUUCCACGCUACACCUCCUUUCUCUUUAUUGCCGUUUUUCUUAUUUCCACCUUAUUGGCUAUCCCUCUUCUGCUGUCUUCUGCUUUGUUCAGUUCGUUGCAUGCAAAAACCACUAUGAAGAAGCCAAAACACCACUCAUCGUCGGCCAACGCUGACCGGCGAGUGGAGCCUGAUUCCGGUGAGUUUGUCGCCAAGAUGAAGAACGGUCGCCAGAGACGGCUCAAAAUCAAGCAAAUGAAGUACACUUGCCAGGCGAAGAUCCGCAUCAGGAAUGGAACCGUCGGCGUCUCGCCGACGCCGGCGGAGGACCGGGAGGGAGGGAGCAGAGAGAUUCAUGAGCGCGUGGAGAUAUCUUUGUCGCUGGCGGCGGCGUCGUCGUCCUCGGAGGAGGAGGAGCGGUCAUUGUCGGAGAAAAGCGACGGUGUUUUGUCGUACGGGUCAACGUCUGUGAUUGGGAGCAGGAAGGAGAUGGAGGACGCGGUGAGUGCGGAGAUAGGGUUUGCUGCGAAGGAGAGAGGGAAGUACGACUUCUUCGCGGUGUACGACGGCCACGGCGGAGCGCAGGUGGCGGAGGCGUGUCGCAAGCGGUUGCACCGGCUGGUUGCGGAGGAAGUGGAGAGGAGUGAGAGUCCCGUGGAAUGGGACUGGCAGGGAGUGAUGGAAGGGUGCUUCCGUAAAAUGGACAGCGAGGUCGCCGGUAAUGCGGCCGUCAGGACUGUGGGUUCCACGGCGGUUGUAGCUGUGAUCGCGGCGGAGGAGCUUGUCGUCGCUAAUUGCGGUGAUUGUAGGGCUGUGUUGGGAAGAGGAGGUGAGGCCGUCGACUUGUCUAGUGAUCAUAAGCCCGAUAGACCAGACGAGUUGAUGCGAAUAGAAGAGGCUGGUGGAAGGGUCAUUAACUGGAAUGGCCAGCGCGUGCUUGGUGUUCUUGCUACUUCAAGAUCCAUAGCAUUGAAAAGACAGAAGAAUCUUGGCUCCCUCUGGCUUUUUAUUAUCAGUGUCGAGAUCAGUACCUUCGACCUUAUGUGAUAUCAAAACCAGAAGUGACAGUGACGAAGCGAAGCAGCAAGGAUGAAUUUGUGAUACUAGCAAGUGAUGGAUUGUGGGAUGUUAUGUCGAGUGAAGUUGCGUGCCAAGUUGUAAGGAAAUGCCUGAAUGGACAGAUUAGGAGAGUGUGCAAUGGAGUUGGGAACCAUGAAAACCGUGCUGCCGAGGCUGCAAGCCUCUUAGCUGAGAUAGCAUUGGCAAAGGGAAGUAAAGAUAACACCAGUGUCAUUGUAGUUGAGCUAAGAGGAACAGUAACAUAACAUCUCAGUGUCUACAAAAACAUGUAUUUUCUUCUCUAAUUCUUGCCUUCUGCUUUUGGACUAAUAUCCACUCAGGUCUUGCAUCCUCAAUGCCACGAGAGAUUAUCUACUACCACAUAAUUACGAGUA